GGGUGUUUUUAAACGUCAGGUUAUUGCAUUUGAUGUUGCAAUACGGCACUGGUUGCUAUUAUUAGAGGAGUAAAGUUUACACGUUCCAUGGAGGCAGCCAUAUUUGGUUAAAAAUGCAUGAUGGGAAGAUAAAUACACGAUGGCUGAACUUCCGGUAAAGAGGCCAGGUGAAGCUCUAGGAAGAUUUUCUCGUUUUAACUUUUCCAUUGAAAGUAAUCCUCUUCAUGUUGGUAUUGCAAGAAGCGCAGCAGUAAAUAUACUUGGGGAGCGACAGGAUAAUUACGUAAUUCUGUCCUUAGUUUGGAAGCUAGAUUGCAAAUCUUGCAGCCACCGGUCUCGCCAAACAGCAGACGGCCGAGAGUUGUUCGUCUGUGCCAAGGUCCUGGACGAUUCAGUGGUUAACAAGGGUAUCUCUAUUGCCCAGGUGUCAGAAAGUUUUAUAGGUGUCGUUUUGUAUUCUUCCGAGUUCUUCCAUCGGCACUAUAGUAUCCUUGAUUCAGAACAUGUUCAUAUACGACCCGUCCAAGCAUUUCCUCUUACAAAAGUAGUAUUUGGUGCCAAAACACCACAAUGUUAUGAAUGGGCAAAAAAGCGGUUGUUCAGCACUGGGUUGCUAGUGUCUGUGUGCCAACAAAAGGUUUUGGUUCGCUCUGGUGAUGCUUUCCUUGCUCCGAUUAUACCAGUUUUCAGCAACGAUGAUUCAUACAGACUUUCAAAUUAUUUCGAUAUUGUGACUCUUGAGUGUGAACCAGUACAACAAGGCAUCAUAUCUCUCAAUACAUCAAUUAUAAUCACACAAAUGAAAGACAUUCUUGUUGAAGCAGAUGAAACACACCAGAAUGAGGACUACUCGUGGCAGCAGGAUCCAUCGAUCUCUUUAGACUGGAGUUCAGAAGAUGUAAACAGCAUUGCCCCUCUUAUAUCAGAAUUUGCCAAAGUCAUUGACAAUGUUAGCAUUGAAAACAAAGAGAAAGAGGCAACGCACAAUCUACGGCUUGUCUGGACAAACCUCAUUCCAAAAGCAUCAACACAUAGGUUAAUGCUAGCAGAAGCUGCACAAGGAUGUCAGUCCAGUAUCUGCGAAUCUGUUUAUAAAGUCGGUGCUACUGUUCAAACUCUUGCCAAACUGCAAACCUUCAGUGGAAGCUGGAUAAAAAUAUCCAGAAGUUUCCAACAAACUACUUCAAAAGAGAAUUGUCCGGGUGAAGGUGAAAGCCAGGCAGAAGAUAAAACAAUAGAGACAAACUACCAUCUUGCUCAAUUGUUGGCAAUCAAUGGAUUUUCAAGUUUAGGAAAAGGCACCUUAGAGAGGAACCCUAACCCAGAAGACUGCCUUGUCCCUGAGGAUGAUGUCUUGUACAUAUCUCCGUUACUCUGGAACAACGUGCAACAUCAUCCAACAUUACUUUUACAGCCAGAUGCAAUGCUCUCUGUGCAGGUUGCAACAUCUUGUGAUUUAGUUGUGAAUGAGAGCCUGAACAUUGGAAGUCGCAGCUUAGCUUGUAACACAAACCCUCCAUUUGCCUGGGCUAUACACCUCGCAUUAGUUAAAUCCCCAGGGUACCCAGCUGUUGCCCAGUUUGACAACAUAGUAAAGAAACAUUUUGAGGAGCCAAGACUUGUAACAUUAGGAGAUGUCAUAUGUAUGUCAAGCAUAAACUUCCCUGAACACUAUCAAGAUAUUACGGAGGACUGCAGUAAUCGAUCGCCAGUAAUCUACUACAAAGUAUCCAAGAUUGAUGCAAGACAUACAAAGGCCACCUCGUACCUGGCAGAUUCUGCACAUACAAGCAUAUUUCAGGUUACAGCAGUAAACAGCUAUAUACCAGUAACGAUGGAUGCAUAUUUUUCUUGUAAACUUGACCCCAUUUGGUUCACACCUGUACCUGCCGGGCUCCUACACAAUGUUGAACACCUCGAGAGACUAAUCUUUCCGUACCUCAUUCCAAGAUCUCAGUGCAAUAAGUUAGUUCCCACAUUCUUAUUAACGGGGCCGGUCGGCAGUGGGAAGUCCACCGUUAUCGGCGCUGUUUGUCGUCGUUUGAAUAUGCAUGAGCACAUGAUCAACUGCCAUGACCUCUGUGGGGACAGCUCGGCUGCAACGGAAGCAAGGAUCAAGAAUGUGUUUGUUAAAGCUAGUAGCUUUGCACCUUGUGUAAUUCAGCUUAGGAAUUUACAAGUUCUAGCACGAGACAGAGAUGGAACAGGAGAAGACACCAGAGUGGCUGCCUUCUUGAAGGAGACCUUGUCCACGCUUCAAGAAAGCUGCCCUGAUUGGCCAAUGGUUGUCAUAGCAACAGCACCAUCUAGUCAAAGUAUAGUUGCCGAUCUGCAGUCAAGCUUUGUACAUACAGUCAAGAUCGAUACACCAAAGGAGCAGGAGAGGUUGGAGAUUCUGCAUGCUUUAUGUUCUCGAAUUGGCAUUGCAUCGGACGUUGAUGUACCGCACCUUGCUCAAAGGACUGCGGGUAUGGUCUUAGGUGAUCUUGCAUCACUGCUAUCACACACAACUAGAGCAGCUCUGCACAGAAUAACAAGUUCAUGCACACCACAGAGCCUACGGACUAGCUCUGUUGGAAGUAAGCUGAGUAUGCGCGAGGAAAAUGACCUUUGCACUGCAGGAUUUAAGAUCCACGGCGUUGACUUUGAGAAGGCGCUGGACCAGUUACAGUCAGCUCAUUCUGAUGCAAUAGGGGCUCCAAAGAUACCAAAUAUCUGUUGGGAAGAUGUAGGGGGCCUAGCCAAUGUGAAGGAAGAGAUCCUAGACACUGUUCAGCUCCCUCUGCAGCAUCCAGAGCUAUUUGCAGCAGGCCUAAGAAGAUCUGGUAUCUUGCUAUAUGGCCCUCCAGGCACAGGUAAAACAUUACUUGCUAAGGCUGUAGCAACGGAAUGUUCGCUAAACUUUCUGAGUGUGAAAGGCCCUGAGCUUAUCAACAUGUACGUGGGUCAGAGUGAAGAGAAUGUACGAGAAGUGUUCUCACGCGCUAGGAGUGCCACACCUUGUGUGAUCUUCUUCGAUGAACUCGACUCCCUAGCCCCUAACCGUGGCAGGAGCGGUGACUCUGGUGGAGUGAUGGAUCGUGUCGUAUCACAGUUACUGGCUGAACUGGACGGCCUGCACAAAUCCACGGAUGUGUUUGUGAUUGGUGCGACAAAUAGACCCGAUCUUUUGGACCCCGCCCUGUUAAGACCUGGCAGAUUUGACAAAUUAGUGUAUCUUGGUGUAAGUGAAGACAGAUCAUCACAGCUCAAGAUUCUCCAAGCACUCACCAGAAAAUUCAAUUUAUCCACGGAUCUUUCGCUGGAAUCACUUACAAGUCAGUGUCCAUUCAACAUGACGGGAGCGGAUUUCUAUGCACUAUGCUCAGACGCGAUGCUAAAUGCAAUCAAGCGGAUAAUUUCAAACAUAGAAGAAGGAGCGGAUGAAAGCACUAAUGAUGUUGUCGUGCAAGAGGAGGAUUUUGAAGCAGCCCUCCAGGUCCUUACUCCUUCUGUCUCGGAUGCAGAGUUGCAGCAUUAUAAACAGAUCCAAUAUCAGUUUAAGAAAGUCUGAACGACACGCUAUAUCAUCCUCAUUCAACAAAUACUAGAUGGGUAGUUGGUAUGUAAACAUCAUCCUUAACAAAAUAGAGAGGAUACAGCUAAUAAUAAGAUAAAAGUAAAAUACGAAUACUGUACAGUACCAACUGGUGCUGUAAUUCCUCCAUGGUGUAACCAAGUCUCAUUAUGUGAAUAAGGAAGUAAUAUGGUCUAGAGAGAUUAGAGUUUUAGGAAGGAGAGAGAUUAGGAUGGAUAUUUUUAUUAAGAAAAGUCUUUACAGUUUAUGUGGUGAUGAAACCAAUGAUUGUGUAGGAUUAGAAGCUGGACUUACUUUAGUACAGCAUACAAGCAUCAGUAUUUUAACACACAAAACAACUCAAUUACAAGUAUAACAAUUACAAAGUUUUAACCAAAAAAAGAUUUCAGUCUAUACUGAAAACCAAUGAUUUUUGUACUGUAGUUUGCUAGUCAAAGUUACAAAAUUACAUAAAAAUAUAAAGUUCUCAAUCACUAUGUUAGCCACGGCAUUUGUUUUAACUACUUUUUUCAAUGAAUUCUUUGUAGUACUGUUCAGUACUAUUGAACAACAAUAACAGUCAAUUGUGCAAUUAUUUUUUUAAAGCCACCAGAUUACUGUUAUUAGUGAUACUGUAUAAGCGAAGUAUUAGUAUUAUUUUUUUAUCAGGUUUACUAGUUAUUAUUUUUUUUCUGACCUAACCAUGGUUUUUUUUUGCAUUUUUGUUUAUUGUCAAAUUAUUACAGUAAAAGCAUUCAACCUGAAGCUGUAAAAUCCUACAUAGGUAUAAAUAAAAGAUGCAUUUGCCUCAUUGAUGCUAUUGAUGAUUUUUAAAUCUUUAUUCUGAGAAUAAAUGUCGAUAUUGGUUAUAAGUUCUCCAACAUACCAUGGACAUACCAGUAAUUUAGCUUACUCCUUAAUCUGAGAAAAAGUUAGAUUGAAAGUUAUUUCAGGGAAAGUGACGUAUUCAGUAAGAGAUUAUCGAUAGUUUUUGUAGCUUUUUAAAGGACAGUUUCAAACGAACAAAUUUAUGUCAAAAGUUUCAGUAUAUAAAAAGUAUUGUACUGUGUGCCCAAGAGAUUGUUUCUGAACUGACACAUACAGUGAUUCAGACCAGUAACCAUGACUUCUAAAGAGGGAUUUCUUAUGAAGGCCAGGGUGGAACUUGUGGGGGAAUUUCACCAUCAUUUUAAGGGGUCUUAAGCAAGGGGGUGGGAGGAUAUGGGCCUGUAAUUACUAGUCUAAAA